UGCUCCUGGCCCGCUCGUUACACCUCCCGAGAACAACGAGAGCAGCAACCUCGAUCAGUAUCAGAAUGAGCUCUACUACGCAAGUGCACGGAAUCGCUGCCAGCGGUUUUGCCGAGGGGACAAACGACCUCUAUGAUCGCGCGCGCCCUUCGUACCCGCCCAACGCGCUGCAGCACAUCUUCAAGGCCGUCGGCGGUAAGCCUGGCGGCACGUACAUCGAGCCCGGCUCCGGCACGGGCAUCUUCUCGCGCCAGGUCCUGAGCCCCCCGACGCCCGAGUUCCCCGCGUUCAAGCCCAAGGUGCUCGUCGGCGUCGAGCCGAGCGCGGGGAUGCGCGCGGCGUGGGAUCGCGGAAACGCAAAGCUCCCAGCCGCAGCUCUCGCCGGCGUCGAUGCGCGCUCUGUCGACGGCGGGUUCGACGACUACUCGCACACCAAGCUCGACAAGGGCUCCGCCGACGCCAUCUUUAUUGUCCAGGCAUUCCACUGGUGUCAAGACUAUGAGAAGGCUCUGCGCGAGGCAGCAGCCUACCUCAAGCCCGGUGCACCGCUCGUCAUCCUCUGGAAUCUCGAAACGAAAGACGGAUAUCAAGGACAGGCGCGCGAGUUCUACCAGCCUUAUGAUCUGGGAACGCCACAGUAUUACCGCAUGCGCUGGAGGGCGAUGGAGGACACCCCGGCCUUUACUGAGCUCUUCGAGCCUCUCGAGGAGACCAAGUUCACGUGGUCAAGUCCCGUAACUGAGGAUGGCGUCGUUGACCGCAUCCUCUCCAAAUCGUACCUCACCGAGGCCCAUCUCAACGGAGACAGUAGGGUCGAGUUUAUCAAGGGGCUGCGCGAAAUCAUCCGCAAUGGGGACAAGGACUGGGUGGACAAGGAGAACGGAGUGUUCCAGUGGAAGUCCGACACCGACGUGCUCGUGCUCCGAAAGAGACAGUAA